CUGCUUCUUCGUGCCCUAAUUCGAUUGUCACAGAAUCGGAUCGGAUCGCCAUUGCUGUCGCUGAAUCACUCGAAGUUCAGAGAGAACGGGAUAGGCCAUGCAGAAGAGAGACCAGAACAAGUUGGCCGGAAAUGUUGGUGGCGGCACAUCUGCGCCUCCGGCUAAGCGAGGCCGUCCAUUCGGCAGCGUAAACAGCAACGCUGCCGCUGCAGCAGCAGCCGUCGCAGCCGCCGCCGAGACCUUGGCUCCAUCGGCACUCCUUGGCCCUUCUUUUCAUAUUCAUACUUCCUUCGCCGAUCAAAACAAUAAAAGGAUAGUGUUGGCUCUACAGAGUGGAUUGAAGAGUGAAUUGACGUGGGCACUUAACACUCUCACUCUGCUCUCCUUCAAAGAGAAGGAUGAUAUGCGGAGAGACUCUACUCCCCUGGCUAAAAUUCCCGGCUUGCUCGAUGCUCUUCUUCAAGUUAUAGAUGAUUGGCGUGAUAUAGCACUUCCGAGGGAUCUUGUAAAGAAGCAAAGGGUCAGAACAUUAGGUUCAAAUUCUUCUGUAACGGGGUUUGGAAAUGAAUUUGAGGCAUUGGGUUCAAAUGGUCUGAGACCUGGUUCUUCAGCUUCAGAAUCAACGGGUCAUGCUUCCAAACCAUCUCCUCGACAUUGGUGGCUUGAUGAAGAUGGACUAUUUAAUCUGGAUGAUGAAGGACGAGCAGAAAGACAGCAAUGUGCUGUUUCUGCUUCAAAUAUCCUCCGAAAUUUUUCCUUCAUGCCAGAGAAUGAAUCUAUUAUGGCUCAACAUCGACAUACUCUGGAAACAGUGUUUCAAUGUAUAGAAGAUCAUUGUACAGAGGAUGAAGAACUUGUCACGAAUGCACUGGAGACAAUUGUGAAUUUAGCCCCGCUGCUCGAUCUUCGUAUUUUUAGCUCAUCAAAACCAACUUACAUCAAAAUAACAGAAAAACGUGCAGUCCAAGCUAUCAUGGGAAUGCUGGGAUCUGCUGUCAAAGUUUGGCACUGUGCUGCUGCAGAAUUACUUGGACGAUUGAUAAUAAAUCCUGAUAAUGAGCCUUUCCUUCUACCCUUUGUCCCCCAGAUUCACAAGCGCUUAGUUGAUCUAAUGAGCAUCCCAGCAUUAGAUGCAUCAGCAGCAGCCGUUGGUGCACUGUAUAACCUCGUCGAAGUUAAUAUGGACUGCAGAAUAAAGCUGGCAAGCGAACGAUGGGCGAUUGAUCGACUUCUUAAAGUAAUCAAGAUGCCCCAUCCUGUUCCAGAAAUUUGCAGGAAAGCAGCAAUGAUAUUGGAGAGUCUUGUAUCUGAGCCACAGAACAGGGGGUUGCUCUUAGCAUAUGAGAAUGCAUUUGCGGAAAUACUCUUCUCCGAUGGAAGAUAUUCAGAUACAUUUGCUAGGAUAUUGUAUGAACUAACAUCCAGACCAAACAAUAAAGUUGCAGCUGCUCAAGGUGUAUGGGGGAUGUGAUCAGAAGGGCUCAUUCGUCUGCUCGAGAUUACUUACUUAGUACUUGCUACCAAUUCAAGCGAAGGGCUCACUACCAGAUCAUUGCUAACAUGUAAAUAUAUCAGCUCUAUUGGUUUAUCCGCGAUAAGAAGAAAGUCUACUAAUUUUCAAGCUAUCAAUCAUUGGAAUCAGUAUUUCUCAGUGGGUACUGCUCACUUGUAAUCUGUUGGAAGUUAGUUGUAUUUCCAAUACUAGAGUGCUCAGUGUGUAUGGUUGGUGUCAAUAUUGAUAUUCAUAGAUUAUAGCUGGAACAUAUGGUAUUUGUAGAAAUCGUAACUUUAGUACUGUUUUUAGGAGUAUAAACUUUGUAAGAUAGUUCACUUGUUUGGUCAUGUUUCUAAUGUUUUCUUUUUAAUAUGGUAAAGAAGAUACGUAUUACAUA